GGAGGAUGUGGGUAUGCUGACAUCUGCAAGUCAAGAGGUUCGAGUGGAGGACAGUCAGUCUGACGAACGACGGCCCCAACAAGCUUUAAAGAUAGUCCAAGAUAUGUAACUCGUGUCUGAAGAGGUUUGUGUCCUGUCGGGCACCCCGAAGCUCAGCCAGUCACGGUGCCUCCCUGGGGCUGUCCGUCAUGAGGGGGCGUUUCUCUCGAAAACUGGGUGUGCUGGCCAAGGCUUGCCUCCUGCUGUGGCUACUGUGGCUGGGCUACCUUCUGCUGGAGCGUGCCUCGUUCCCAUCCUCUGUGCAGGAGGAAGAUGAGGACCUCAAGCUUCUGGAGAGAGAUAAGGUCUUGUCAGAGGAGAGAGGGGCUCAGGGGCUGCUGGCGAAGCCUCUGUACAUUAAGCCAGUGCUUGAAGGCAAUGCUCCGGGGGAGUGGGGUCGGGCUACGCACCUCACCCUCAGUCCUGAGGAGAAGAAACUGGAGGAGGAAAGCAUAGAGAACUAUGCCCUCAAUAUCUAUGUCAGUGACAAGAUUUCCCUUCAUCGGCAUAUCCAGGACCACAGAAUGAUUGAAUGCCGAACCAAGACGUUUGACUACCGGCGUUUGCCAACCACCUCUGUGAUCAUAGCCUUCUACAACGAAGCCUGGUCCACCCUGCUGAGGACUAUCCACAGUGUGCUGGAGACCACGCCUGCAAUCCUGUUGAGAGAGAUCAUUCUCAUUGAUGACUAUAGUGACCGAGUAUAUCUGAAAUCCCAGCUGGCCGAGUACAUCAGCAACCUGCAACGCGUGCGGCUCAUCAGGACAAACAAAAGAGAGGGUCUGGUCCGUGCUCGUCUCAUCGGCGCCACCUUUGCUACGGGCGAUGUACUGACGUUUCUCGAUUGCCACUGUGAGUGCGUCCCAGGCUGGAUUGAGCCUCUGCUGGAAAGGAUUGGUGAGAAUGCCAGCACCAUUGUUUGCCCCGUGAUCGACACAAUUGACUGGAAAACGUUUGAGUUCUAUAUGCAGACGGAUGAGCCAAUGAUUGGAGGAUUCGACUGGAGACUCACCUUUCAGUGGCACUCGGUCCCUGAGGUGGAACGCAAGAGGCGCAAGUCUCGCAUUGACCCCAUCAGAUCCCCUACAAUGGCAGGUGGAUUGUUUGCCGUGAGCCGGGCUUACUUUGAGUUCCUCGGCACGUAUGACAUGGGCAUGGAGGUGUGGGGAGGAGAAAACCUGGAGCUCUCCUUCAGGGUGUGGCAGUGUGGGGGCAGCCUGGAAAUUCACCCGUGCUCUCAUGUGGGCCAUGUGUUCCCUAAAAAGGCCCCUUAUGCACGGCCCAACUUCCUCCAGAACACCGUACGAGCUGCAGAGGUUUGGAUGGACUCUUAUAAACACCACUUCUACAACAGGAACCCUCCUGCAAAAAAGGAAACCUAUGGGGACAUCUCAGAACGGCUGCUACUGAGGGACAGGCUGAAGUGCCAGAGUUUUGACUGGUACCUGAAGAACAUUUAUCCCGAAUUGCAUGUACCUGAGGACAGGGAGGGCUGGCACGGGGCUGUGCGGAGCUUAGGAAUACAGUCAGAGUGUCUGGACUACAACGCGCCAGACCAUAAUCCUACCGGUGCCCACCUUUCUCUCUUCGGCUGCCAUGGCCAGGGAGGCAACCAGUACUUUGAAUACACAUCGCAGAAAGAGAUACGUUUCAACUCGGUGACAGAGCUGUGUGCCGAAGCGCUCGAUGGACAGACCUCCAUUGUGAUGAAGCACUGUCCUCACGACGGGGACAUCAAGUCUCCAAGUAUCCUCUGGGAAUUCAGAGCGGAUGGGACCAUCUAUCACCCUCAGUCAGGCAUGUGUGUGACUGCCUACCGCAAAGCCGACGGACGCACGGACGCGCAGAUGAAGCAGUGCACCGCGGGAGACAAAAACCAGCAGUGGAAGUUUGAGAAGUAGAAGGAGAAAGAGUGACCCUCACAGGAAACAUCAAGUGACCUUCUUUAACCGUAGUGCAAUUACUACAGUGGAUGUCCCUGUCCACUUCUCCCAGUCCUCCAGCUCUCCAAGUCUGCACUCUGUCGAAUAGGGAAAAGCAAGCAAAUGCUGGAUAGUAUAAAACACACUUUAAGCCACUGCAGAGCUUUUGUGCCCGUGUGAAGUGCAGACUGUGGUGGAGUGGAGGAGGAUUCCCAGGUGAGAUGUAUUGGGUCUUUUUUGAGACUUAAACGUUUGUGUUGCCUUCGUCCAAGUGCCUUUGCAACCAAAAUGGAAUGCAGUGUCGCGUCAGCAGUAAAAGCUGUUCGACUGUCCAGCUCCCCGAAGAAGUGCCUUUUAGAGUAGUUCGAGACAUACAUGUGUUCGCCGUCCAGCCUCAAUGUGCAAUUAAUAUUGAUUUUUAUUGUUUAAUACUAAAUGUUUGUUUCUUACGUCUAAAAAAAAUAAAAAAUAAAACCAGUGGAAAGAUAGGCUGCUCAAAGACAUAAUGCCAGGAAUGUAACAUGCUCCGUCAUGUGAGAGGAAACCUGGUAGACCGAGGGAGAGAUUUGUGGUCACACUAGACUGACACUCAAUUCUAUACUUUGCAUGUGGAGCCAGUUUCAUGGUAGAAUGCUGGCUGAACAAGACUUGAAGCAGUCCCCCGAGGUUUAGUGUGAUGACAGGAGUCUUGUAAUCUAUUCUUCCCUGUGGUGUAAAAAUGAAGGAGACACUCCAAACUCGUCUGUCAGUGUGUGCCUUUGACAGGUUUGUCGUACUCAGAAUGUGUUUGUGCCAAAAUGAAACGUGCCAGUGGAUGUCAAAUGUAUUGAGAGCCCGAGAAAUGCUUAAAACAUCUAAAACACUGAUUAAAUGCACUUGAUUUUAUGUCACACAAAGGCCUUAGUCUUAGCCUGUUUAACUUAAUCUUGGCUGUGCCAGUUUUGACUCCUGUGUGAAAACCUUGUACUUGAAAUGGCAUCGAAACACUCCUCUGUUUUCUUUUAAUUUAUAAUGAAGAUUUUGUCAGAAUUUGUACUGUGGGGUGUGAGGACAAAGAGAUGCGGUGUAGAUGUUGUUGACAUUGUAGAUGAAUAGUGAGUGAGUGUGCUCCGAGUUCACGGAUAAAGAGUUACUCAGACAUGUCAGUGGAUACAGAGUGAAAACAUGGGAGGUGGUUCUUGUGUUUGUUUUACCUUUUUAUAAAUAAUGUUUGGAAAAAGGGACCAGAGGGGGGGGCCGCGAAAACUACUGAUAAUGCAAAAAUGAUGAUUACUUGACAUGAAGAACAGGGUGAUUGACAUGGGAUGGAUGAUUUGAAUGAGGUUAAAGCUGUAAGGAUGGUGAAAAGAAAUAAAAAAAAAAAUCUUAACCACAAA